UAUUAAGCAACCAAAUGUGAGGAAUGAUUAUGUGUGUCCUUGACACGACACACAUUGAUCUAGACAACUUGAACAAAAUAUUUGUUGGAGAUACAAGAAUUGAAUUCUAUAUAUAUGUUAGUUACUCAAUCCAAACUUCAGUGAACAAUAUGUCAAAAUAUCAAAGUUUAGUGACUAAUUCGUCAGUCACACAAAGUUAGUUGUCAUUUCCAUAAUAGUGAUGAAGUCCAGACGGACAACAAGGCCCGCGGCCCGGUGCUGCAGCAGCUAUCUCAGUCUCUGCAGCAUAGAGCCAUAGACGACGAGUCAGACGACGGCGGCUGUCAACUGGUGAGAACAUGUCGGAGGUAGGAGGAGCCGCAGCGGUGGAGGACGAGCAGCGCCGCCGUCAAAGGACGCUGGAAGAGGCUCUCGAGGUCCAAUCUCUCCGCCGCAUCAUCAGCGCUUACCUCAACUAUCCUGAAGCAGCAGAAGAAGAUGUCAGAAGAUAUGAAAGAUCUUUUAGGAAGCUUUCACCUGCACACAAGGCUUUACUACCUCACUACCCCAUGAAGUUUCAGCAACUAAGAAGCUGUAUAGCUACAAAUUCUUAUUUCAUAUUCAACAUGCUUCAGGCUUUUGAGCCUCCUCUAGAUAUGAGCCAAGACCUGGAUUGCUGUGAUGACUUGCAUCAUGAGCAUGCAUCAGGACAUCAUUGUUUAUCAGAACAGAGGAAUUCUUGCUGUUCACCUGCUCCAUCUAGUGGAGCUAAUUGUUGUUCCAGACCUGAAGAGACAUGUCAGGGAGAAGGAAGCCAUAUGCAUAUGAUGUCAACUGGAGAGCCUAUCAGUGAGCCUCAGGAAGCUACAACUGGAGGUUUCCAUGACCGUCCUGUGGAUACUAACCGGAGCGAGGAAAAUGUUAGUGCAACUCUACAAAUGGAACAUGAUGCCGCGGAGUGCAAUGGCGAUGUCAGCGCUCCCAAUGAUUGGUUGGAUCCAUCAAUUCAGUUGCAUGUUCCCCUUGUCGAUGUUGAUAAGGUCCGUUGUAUAGUAAGGAAUAUAGUUAGAGACUGGGCAGCAGAGGGACAAAAAGAGCGCGAUGAAUGCUACAAACCUAUCCUUGAAGAACUAGAUUCUCAAUUUCCCAAUCGUAGUAAGGAGAGGGCUCCUGCCUGUUUAGUUCCUGGUGCUGGGCUUGGGCGACUAGCAUUGGAGAUUUCACGCUUAGGUUUUAUGUGCCAAGGAAAUGAAUUUUCAUACUACAUGAUGAUAUGCUCGAGUUUCAUUCUUAAUCAUGCUGAAACUGUUGGAGACUGGACAAUAUAUCCUUGGAUCCAUAGUAAUUGUAAUUCACUUUCAGAUAGCGAUCAACUUCGUCCUGUGCCAAUACCAGAUAUUCAUCCUGCGAGUGCAGGGAUUACUGAAGGAUUUUCUAUGUGCGGGGGUGACUUUAUCGAAGUCUAUAGUGAUGCAAGUCAAGAAGGAUACUGGGAUGCAGUGGUGACAUGUUUCUUCAUUGAUACCGCACACAAUAUUGUUGAGUACAUCGAAACCAUAUCGAAGAUUUUGAAAGAUGGAGGAGUGUGGAUAAACUUGGGUCCACUGCUGUACCAUUUUGCAGAUAUGUACGGGCAAGAGGAUGAGAUGUCUAUUGAACUGAGCUUGGAGGACGUGAAGAGAGUUGCUAUACACUACGGGUUUGAGUUUGAGAAGGAGAAGACAAUUGAGACUACAUACACGACAAAUCCUCGAUCCAUGAUGCAAAACCAUUACUCUGCUGCAUUCUGGACUGCAAGAAAGCGGUCGAAAGCGACUACAGACGAGAGGCUGCCGAGCGUACCAUAGUCAUCCAGAACAUGUUAACCACCCAUGAUAAUAUCUUAGAUUGCAAUCAAUCUUUAUGUUCAACCUGGCUGGCUGGCUGGCUCAACUGCUUGAAGGAUCCUCCGAUUUUGAUGGUUUUGGCAUCUGGUCUGGUGGGUUGUACGAUGUAACUUAGGCAGGUCAAAUCUUUCAUGAGCUGUGUAAUUAAGGGAGUCUCAUUUUGUUAACUAUUGCUAUCUGCGAUUUGACUGCAUGACUAAUUAGUGUUGGAGUAAUCAGAUCGAAUCAAGGAUGUUGAUAUAUACGAUGUUGAUGAUCUCUCGUGGCUGACAUCAUAUCACAUCACAUGCUAGUUCAUGUUAAUCAAGAAGAUGACGACUUGAUCAUGGAAAAGAGCUAAAGGAGGAAAGGGUAGCGAAUGAAGAGUUCCGAUGAACACGCCAGUCACUUGUACUUUAUAGUUUAUACCGAAGAAAAGCAGUGUUCAAGAAGACGCAGGCAGAAGGAAAUCGCCCCAUCUAGCCCCGGGCGAUUGAUCUAGGCACCUAGACACUCGGAGGCGCGUUUUCACUCUGGUGGGCGACGCCCAGAACAACUAAUAAAGAGAAAAAGUAUAGCCUUUUUGUGAAAAUCUCAAACCCUAUUCUAUUUCUCAUUUCCAUUCGACCAGCCGCUCCCCCUCAUCGACCAGCAGUGAGAUCCCUCUUCAUGGUUGGCGACUUAGGAUGUUUGGGAUUGUGGAAAAGGGUUGGAUGUGUAUAUGAAUGGAUGAAUAAUGAUAUGGGGACUUGGAUUUUUGUGGAAUAUGGCUUAUCUAUCAUUUUUUUUUUCAACGUUUAAUCUCGCCUAGGCAACGACUAAUCAGCCUGGGCGCUGGCCGGUACCUCUUCGCCUAGAUAGCGCCUAGCGUCUUCUUAAACAUUGAAGAAAAGAAAAAUAGAGCAAAUACAAUUAAUCAAAGAUUGACAUUCAUUCCUUUGAAUUUCUGAGACAGUCUUCAACCACAUCAAACAUUCUAAACAUCAGUACUAUAUCGAUAACUUAGCUGAGUUCAACAAGUCAAGACUCCCUCUUUAUCUAGUUGCCUUAAGCGACCACUUCUUGCAUCCAAUGCUAUAAGAACAACACCGGUACCUUCUCAUCACAAGCUUUCAUGUAGUCUUGAAAUUCUAGCAAUUGAUCAUUGACGAGAGUGGUAAUGUCAGAAAACACGAGAGGAAAAACAAACUUUCUUGCUCAUAUCUUUUUUCCAUGAGUGAGUUUCGAAACCUAAAAGAAGAUGGAUAAAAUUUUGACAAGCAUGAGUACUUACCAGUGAACAAGGAAUUUUUAUCAACUGCUCCGGUGAACCAACAGGUGUUGCUGCUUCCAUCAAACGCACAUCGCAAUUCCUUAAACUUUGGAAUUGGAGUAGGCCAGCAAGAGAAUGUAGGAUGCAACAUCCUCCAACCAGGAAUAAAUUCACGAAAGGCAC